AACCGAAGGCGAAGUUUUUAAAAAACUGCUUUUCGGAUCAGCGAAAUCUCCUGUACACCCGUACGCGCUUAAAAAUGUGGUGUAAAGGAGCCGUUUGUAUGGGUUCAGCGUAGCUGAGUUUGACUCCAGGGUUAACUAUUUUGCAGUUUGUCGAUGUACGGCAGCCCACUAAUAUUGUCUCGGAAAUUUUUACGCAUUUUUUCGAAAGACAAUUAGGCAACGCCCCUGUCACUGAAUAUCAGCCAUUUGCUGGACUUGUUAAUUGUAGGCUACGUCAUUAUUUACACCACUGCAAUCCAACUAUAAACGGAACUGAUGACGGCGAUGCCUGGGCUAUUACUAACAUAAUUUUAGUCGAGCGGAGGUACCUGCGCUUCUGCGGUAGCCUACGUCUAGCAACAAGUUGUCCGAUAUGGACCGUGUAAUAUUUUGGACCAGCUGUUUGGCUUUCCUGCACGUGUGCAGGUGCGCUUUCCCCCCGCCCUGUGACAGUGAAAUAUACUGUACAGGUGAGCUCCUGAGACAGGUCCAGAUGGCCAAACUCUUUGAUGACGACAAGUACUUUGUAGACAUGAAGCUGAAGGCCGCUCCCGACGAGGUCCUGUCGGCGUUCCGGAAUCUGACGUCGGGAACGCCGGGCGGAACGCCGGAGCCCUCGCGGAUCCGGGAGUUCCUCGCCGCGUUCUUCGAGGAGCCCGGGACCGAGUUCGAGCGCUGGACCCCGCCCGACUGGCACGACAGGCCACAGUUCCUGUCCAAAGUGUCGGACGUGGGACUGCGCAGCUGGGCGGAGAAGCUGCACUCCCUGUGGAAGUCUCUGGGUCGGAAGAUUCGUGCUGACGUGAGGGACCGUCCUGAUCUUUACUCCCAGAUCUACAGCCCCAACCCCGUCAUUGUUCCUGGGGGGCGCUUCCGGGAGCUCUACUACUGGGACUCGUACUGGGUGAUCAACGGCCUCCUGCUGUCCGAGAUGAGAGAGACGGCGAGCGGAAUGAUCCGGAAUUUCCUCGACCUUGUUGACAGAUACGGCUUCGUCCCGAACGGCGGCCGCGUGUACUACGAACGCCGCAGCCAGCCCCCCUUCCUGACGCUCAUGGUGGAGAGUUACUACCGGGCCACCGGGGACAGAGAGUUACUCAGUGCUGCCAUGCCCAUUUUGGAGAGAGAGUAUAGCUUCUGGAUGCAGAAUCGUUCCGUGACCGUGGAGAAGAACGGGACUGUGCACGUUUUAAACCAAUACCGUGUCCAGGUGGGAGAACCCAGACCCGAGUCCUACACAGACGACCUGGAACUGGCCGAAGGAUUAACGGAAGGGGCUCGGGAGAGCUUGUGGGCGGAGCUGAAGGCGGGGGCGGAGUCUGGCUGGGAUUACUCCUCCCGCUGGUUUGUCGACGGUAACGGCGGUAACGGCGGCACGCUGAAGGACACGCGGCUCAGCCACAUCGUCCCCACGGACCUCAACGCCCUGCUCUGCCGCAGCGAGCGCACGCUCGCCAGCUUCUACGGCAUUCUGGGUGACGCUGCAGGGGCGGAGCGUUUUGGCCAGGCCCAGCGGGCGCGGCUGCGGGCGGUGGAGGCCGUCCUGUGGGACCCGGAGAGGGGCGUCUGGCUGGACCACAACCUGCUGACCAACACCCGCCAUCCCGCCUUCUACCCCUCCAACCUGGCACCUUUAUGGGCACAGUGCUUCUCCCAGCCUGCUAUGGGAGAGCGGGCACUGAAAUACCUGCAGGAGAGUGGGGCUCUGCAGUACCCAAACGGUGUCCCGACAUCGCUGAAGAACAGCGGGCAGCAGUGGGACCUGCCCAACGCCUGGCCCCCCCUCCAACACAUGCUGAUUGAGGGUCUGUGGGGGCUCCCCUCAGAGAAAGCCAAGGAGGUGGCCAUCGAUCUCGCCCAGAGGUGGAUCAGCACGAACUGGAAGGCCUACCUAAAAUACGAAGCCAUGUUUGAGAAGUACGAUGUUACCGGCGAUGGCAAACCAGGUGGAGGAGGGGAGUAUGAGGUUCAGCUGGGGUUUGGCUGGACCAAUGGGGUGGCCCUGCAGCUCCUGGACCAGUUUGGUGACAGGCUGAUAUCAGCCUCUGCUGGUUUGAGUUUCAGUUUUGGUGUGGUGGUCUUCUGCGGUGCCCUCCUUGCUGUUUUAUGAGCUACGGCUGACUGGAGUGUGACCUCAUUCAGACGCAAUGGUACAAACACAGCUAUCCGGAGUAUGACCGCAUUCAAACACAGCUAUCCGGAGUAUGACUACAUUCAAACACAGCUAACCGGAGUAUGACCGCAUUCAAACAAAGCAAACAGGAGUAUGACCGCAUUCAAACACAGCUAACCAGAGUAUGACUACAUUCAAACACAGCUAACCGGAGUAUGACUACAUUCAAACACAGCUAUCCGGAGUAUGACUACAUUCAAACACAGCUAACCGGAGUAUGACCGCAUUCAAACAAAGCAAACAGGAGUAUGACCGCAUUCAAACACAGCUAACUGGAGUAUGACUACAUUCAAACACAGCUAACUGGAGUAUGACUACAUUCAAACACAGCUAACCGGAGUAUGACCGCAUUCAAACACAGCUAACUGGAGUAUGACCGCAUUCAAACACAGCUAACCGGAGUAUGACCUCAUUCAGACGCAGCUAACCAGAGUAUGACUGCAUUCAAACACAGCUAACCGGAGUAUGACCGCAUUCAAACACAGCUAACUGGAGUAUGACCGCAUUCAAACACAGCUAACCGGAGUAUGACCUCAUUCAGACGCAGCUAACCAGAGUAUGACUGCAUUCAAACACAGCUAAGCGGAGUAUGACCACAUUCAAACACAGCUAACCGGAGUAUGACCGCAUUCAAACACAGCUAACCGGAGUAUGACCACAUUCAAACACAGCUAACCGGAGUAUGACCUCAUUCAAACACAGCUAACCGGAGUAUGACCGCAUUCAAACACAGCUAACCGGAGUAUGACCUCAUUCAAACACAGCUAACCGGAGUAUGACUACAUUCAAACACAGCUAACCGGAGUAUGACCUCAUUCAAACACAGCUAACCGGAGUAUGACCACAUUCAAACACAGCUAAGCGGAGUAUGACCACAUUCAAACACAGCUAACCGGAGUAUGACUGCAUUCAAACACAGCUAACCGGAGUAUGACCGCAUUCAAACGCCCCUCUAUUGCUGAAUUGUUCCCUCUAUGAGCCAGCACGUUCUGUCUCCUUCCCUCAAAGUCCCUUUGGCUUAUGUGACCACUUAAUUAUUCUGGCGAACAUCACAAAGCUUUUCAUUUGAUUAAAUUUUCUGGAGUUUUGGAAAUUUUCUUUUAUUUUGGGCAUUUCUUUUUCUGAGCAGACUUUUUAUUAUUUUCUUUCUUGCGCAAAAUGUAUGAGGUAUUAUUCUGAGGGCUUUCUGAAGAUAGGCUUUAAAAAAGAUAUAUAUAUAUAUAUUCAGGGUUGAAAGAUGAAUAAAUAAAAAUCAAUAAAAUA